AUGCUCUACCCGGUGGAGAAAUAUCAGAUCGCCCACACGGCCAUGGUCGUUGUCGGCGCAUGGAUACCUUCUCUCGUCCUCUUCAUUUGCAGUCUUCGCUUCGUACGUAGCCAAAAGGAUCCUGCGAGAUCUGGCUUCACUUACUUCAAAUGGGCCCUUUUUAUGUUCUCCGGCACGGCUUUCUUCGAUGUAUGCUCAUAUGCGCUCCAGAUCGCCCUCAACCAGAUUUGGUUCCAUAUAAUCGAUGACGAAUCUGAUUAUUUGGGCUCUGCACUACAAGGUCUCGGCAUCUCCCUGCAGAGUAUCCAGAUCGUGUUCCAUUUCUUCGACAUGGUUACUGACAUCCUCGUGAUGAUCAUGCUUCUCCAUUUAUGCACCGGCAUUCUCAUUGCGAAGUCCGACCGCACCAACACUGUCGGCAAGAAGCUACGCCUCGUAUCGUAUGGUGCCGCCUUUGUUCUAGGUGUUAUUACAUUGACUGUACUUGGUCUCCGGAUCCGAUAUAUCUGCGAAGCCCUUUAUGGCGACUACGAAAUUGCUCAGGACUGCGCCCUACAAAACCGUCAGAUUCGCUUCACUUUCAACGUCCUUAUAUUUCUCGUCUCUCUUGCUAUCGUUGCCUGCGCCCCCUUGAUAAAGAGACAAUCAAAGGCCGACAAGUCUCUCUCCUGGUGCUCGACCAUGCUCGUUGUAGCAUCUGUCGUAUGGCUCCUGCGCACGACGUUCAACAUGGCCAUCUUUGCUGCCUCGGCCAACUUGAGUGAUAUCUACGGCGACCCCGAGUAUAAACUCCCCUACAUCAUUCUGGAAGUUGUUUUUGGUAUCUGGCCACAGUUUAUCGUCCUUUGUAUUAUCUUUGCUAUUGGGCUCGCAAAGGAGAAGGGUAUUUGGUCUAGACAGCAGCCUUUGAAGGAUUUCGAGCGCAACCAGCAGCCCGUUUAA